AUUACAGUGUAGGGAGGGAGGGCUGCAUGGAAAGCUGGAGAGACAAAACAAAAGACACACAUUUCAACCAACAGGCGCUGGUCGCUUUUUAUGUUUUUCCAAACCAAAACAAAUUUGAUUAACUAUUCGUAUCGCUUCCCGUUUAACGAUAAUAUUACACAAAGUUUUGCAUCAUGCCGAGCAGCACGUCUUUGCUGGAGGCCGACGACGGAGAGUCCGAGGUCCCACCGCCGCUAGUGCACGCUUUCGCCGGUAUGGGCCUUGAGGAGCACCACGGCACCCAGAGCCAGACCCCCGAACAAGUAGACGAGAACAUCUCUUUUCACCGCCACCACCAGCUACCCCCGGUUUCUCAUUUCAGCCUCCUCGGUACGGUCCUAGACUUGAAGCCCCUGCCUCUGCACCGACCGCCCUCGGGAGAUGAAGCGAACAAAACGGCAGCGCCCGAGGACGAGGAGCCAGAAGUUGUAGCCGACUCCUCCUCGCUGCUAGCGCAGGCCCACCGCCACCAACACCUCCCAUCGGGGCCGGGGGGCUCCGUGAUGCCGUCCGGGAUGGAGCCGCCGCACAUCGAGACGGUGUUGUUGUACAACGGAGACGAGCGGGAUGAUACUGGAGUCGGCGGCAGCGCCCUGCCAUCGGCCGGCAGCAUGGCGAUGCUACCGCCCGGCGUGUACGGGGAGUCGGGCUACGAGGCCGAGUCUUCGCUGUUGGCUCGGCGAAAGAGCGUCAACACAACCGAGUGUGUGGCGGUGCCGAGCUCCGAGCACGUCGCGGAGAUUGUGGGCAGACAGGGCUGUAAGAUUAAGGCACUGCGAGCCAAGACCAACACCUACAUUAAGACACCGGUGAGGGGGGAGCAGCCUGUCUUUGUUGUGACGGGGCGCAAAGAAGAUGUGGCCAUGGCUAAGCGGGAGAUCCUGUCUGCAGCCGAGCAUUUCUCCCUCAUCAGAGCCUCCCGGAACAAGACAGGGCCUCUGACUGCUGUAACCGGUCCAGGAACCCCCUCUCUACCUGGACAGACGACCAUUCAGGUGCGGGUACCAUAUCGUGUUGUUGGGCUGGUUGUGGGUCCCAAAGGGGCCACCAUCAAACGUAUUCAGCAACAGACCCACACCUACAUUGUGACGCCAAGUCGUGACAAAGAGCCGGUGUUCGAGGUCACCGGGAUGCCAGAGAACGUGGACCGGGCGAGGGAUGAGAUAGAGGCGCACAUCGCCCUCCGCACAGGAACCUGUGGAGGCAUUGAGGCUCCUGGUGUGGACAACAAUGACUUUCAAUUCAACGGGACAGAUGUCAGCUUUGAGCACUCUGCACCACCAGUUGGGUUGGGGGAGGCCGGGUGGCUUCAUGCCGGUGCAUCAUCACCGAGUGGUGGUGGUGGCUUGCUGCCAGUGAGCAUCAACGGUACUCAGCGAAUCAAUAGCAAUAUUAACAGUGGUGUCAGGAUGUCUUCCACCUACCGCAACGACAGCUCCAGUUCUCUGGGCAGCGGCUCCAGCUCAGCUGAUUCUGUGUACGGUAACGGUAACCGGAUGGCAGAUUUCAGCCCGACCUGUCAGUUUAACGCUAAUGCAAACAACAACAACAACAGUACUGGCGGCAGUACAAGUUUCUGGUUUGGUGAGAGCCUUCUUCCUAUAGGGUCUGAGGAGCUGGUCAGCCUGGGAAGCGGUGCCUCCUCCUCAGGAUUUGACCCGUUAACCAUCUCAACUGCCCAUGCCCCGCACGCUUCUGCACAGCCACAAAUCUGGAGCCCCUUUGUGGACCACCAACACCCCCAGGCCUUUGAUGCUCGUCAGUCUCAGACAAGUCAGCCUGGGACGCCCCGACUCUCUCCGACCUUCUCUGGGACAGAUGCCUUGGAGCACCCUCAGGCCCAGCGAGUUCACCGAGGGCCUUUUGGCUCAGCCGGGACCCUCGAUGCCCACAGGUUCCCCUCUUACAGCUCCGCCUUCUCCUCCUCCAGCGAAAGCACCGCCUCCUCCUCCUCCCCGCCCGAAUCCUCCCUCUCCUAUCGACCGGGGCUCGGAUCAGCAGGAAGAGGACAGGAGAUAUGCAUCCACUGUAUGGAUAACCAGGUGAUCGCUGCCUUGGUUCCCUGCGGCCAUAACCUCUUCUGUCUAGAUUGUGCCACCCAUAUAUGCCAGGGUCCAGACGCUGUUUGUCCUGUGUGCCUGUCCCCGGUCACACAGGCCAUUCAGCUCCGUAACAUGUGAUUUUAAUCUAUUUACUUUGAUGGCUGAUGAGGGAUCAGCCUCCCCAACACUUCAAAUUCAUAACGUGUGGGGAAAUUACAAAACUGACCCCCAAUCAGUGUCUAAGUUUGUCCUCACCCCUGUUUUGUCCAAGCUGGUGUUUGAUUGACAAAGGUGAGGGAGAAUAGUUGACUAGGAAUGAUCUGUAUUUAGGGCAUGGGUGAGGGUGUUCAGCCCGUUCAUGUGCCUGCUAUUGUGAAGUCUUCUUCUAUGAUUGAUUGAUUUGAUCAAUGGGAGGGUUGGGAACCCUCUGUGUAGCAUUGGGUGGGGUGGGAUAUAUAUAUAUAUUUUUUUUUUUUGCUCAUCAUGAUUUUGAUUUUCUUCGCCCUGACACAUCUAGUUAUCAGUUUUCCUGUAUUUUAUCAACUUGUUUAAAUGUACUUUGAAUUCUAUUAGAUACAUAAUUUUGGCUUUUGGGUCAAAGUUAUAUUUUGUCUACAUCUCAAAACUUUUGCCCGUUUUUUUUUUUAAAUCAUUCGCUGCUAUAGUUUUUAUGUGCUGAAAAUCGCCCCUUUGCCUCUCAUUUAUUGUGCUCACGGCAAACUAAGUAAAAUAGCAGAAGUGAGCAAGUUUACAUUUAGUGAGUCCCACAUAUGAAUAUGUAUAAACUAAUAGUAUUCUCCUGGUUCCCACAGAAUUUAAAUGCCUACCGUGGUAAACUGGAUACCGUAAAUUGCUUACGUCAGGCUCGCAAGGUGCAACUUUAAACAGUAUAUGAUGUUUACAUGCUCCAGAUCAUAAAUCAGAAUUUGGGUAUCGCCGAGUUUGAGAACAUAUUGAUACAAGUGCAUAAACACCCACAAAGGGUUUUUUUUAACCAAGUGUGUCAAAGUGGUCACUGUGAAGAUGUCACACUCCAGUAAGCCUCUCACAGCAGACGCUUUGACUUGUUACUGUAGGAAAAGCGCAGGUGUUUCUAAUGAUACUAAUGACGGCUCUGUUCUUGUCAAGUGCUCCAGUGUGAGUGACAGUGAGCAAGCAUGCAGGAUACAAGCAGGGUUUCUGCUUUUCCAUAACUUUUCUAUACAAUAUAAUCCCAUUUCCGUGACUUUAUUUCAGUAGGUUAAAGUAGGUGGGCCGAUCAUUGUAUGCAGGAACGGAUUGGUUGAGUUCAGAUUGGCUUGUAGCUCUACUGAUGCUCGCUGUGCUGGUAGACACAGUAACGUUAUCUGAUCAGCCGGGAAAUAUGCGCAGACGUUAGAUCUGUGCAGCAGCCUUUUGGUUGUCUUAAUAUUUUUCCCUUUAGCACGGGUGACCAGAUCUGCUUCCCCCCUGCUGUCAACAUCAAAUGUUUAGGUGAACAGCUGACAUGCAGCGUGGCUUUCGUCCGCCUCUCUUGAGCCAAGUAUUACAUUUCUCAUUUUAGAGCCAUACAUAAUUAAACACGCGCUUCCUUGGCAUUUGCGGAUAAGCAGACUGUGAGUGCUCACUGACUUAACUCAGUCAUUACGCAUUCCACCACAAACUAGCUGCAUACCCCAAUGUGUAUCUACUAGGACCAUUUCAACGGUCCGACAGCGCAGCGUUAAAUAAGUAAUACAGGGAAGGUGUUCUGUGUAAUGUCAGACA